CAUCUUCACAAUGGAUAUCACUGUCAUAGGGACCAACUCUAUGUCAAAAAUCUGAUAAAUAUAUUAUCCAUAGAAAUUACAAAGAAAAUUGGAUAAAAAAUGGCACAAAAAACCCUGUUUCCAUCAUCUGUGUAAACACAUACUAGAAUAUUUAAAUAAAGUCAAGUAGAAUCAGGCAAUUGCAUGACAGUGGAUGCACACAAGUGUAGUAGAAAGCUAGAGUUAAUCCUCGAGUGUGCAUUUACUCAACUCCCACACCAUGACUGAAUUUAUAGCGAAGAAUUGCGAAACUGAGAAGCAUUUCUUAUCUGGUGUUCAGUUUCAGCACAUUAAAUACAAAAACAGAUACAAAUUUUGUUCUGGAGCCAAGCCCUGUUUAUGCUGAGUCUUGCCACUAACUUGGAAGCUGGACCAGAACUCACAAUAAUUCUGUCUUCUGGAAGCUAGCCACUGUUUCUUGGCUUAGGUGGAGGUGGUGGGAGAAGAAUAUGGAAGCAAAUUUAAAAAAAAAAAAAAAACAACAGAAAACACCCACACAGGCAGAGGAACAGGAAGAGAUCAACAAAACAGCAAAUGAGGUAAAACUUUGAGAGGCUGCAAAAGGGGGUAAGUGGCCUGCCAGAGCAGGCAGCUGGGCUGGGAUGCAGUCACAGCUGGUUGUUAGGUGGAUGCAGAGGAGCUGAAGCACAGCAACGUUGUCUUAAGGCAUAUGUGUAUCCCUGUGGUUUACUUUCAUCUCUGCAUUUUCUAAACCAAGAUCACCACACUCUUCCCCACUUCUGGCCUCUCCCCAAGAAGUGUACAAAGUUCAGCAGUACAGAAUUUCUGGUCUGUGGGUGUGACCUCUGAGUGUUUAGUAAACGGUUUUCCAGAAGAUACCUUUUUCCCCAGAUACCUGUACGUAGAAAUUCCAUCUGAACCUCCCCUUUUCCCUUUACUGCCAUCAUCUUCAGGGCUGUGGUAAAUUAGGAGUUAAACUGCUGCUGUAAAGCAAUUUAAUCUCUGUGUUGGGCAGAGGCUGAAACUGAGUCAUGUGUGCAUAUUUGGAUACGUCACACCCUCUUGCUGUAGUAGACAAAGAACAAACUAGCUCCUUGCCAUAAAUCUCAUGCCUACAGGAUGCUUUGGGAGAACAGAUCAAUUGUGCCUUAGUGCCUUACAGAGGGAAGAAAAUCCCCUCCCAACAGCACUGAGAUGAACUAAAACCGUGUUGCCUUUUUUUUUUUUUUUUUGGUAUCUGGAUUUAGCAGACUACAAUGAAGAUUCUGGUUUUCACUGGACUGCUCUCUCUAACAUCAACUCUUACAACAGAGUCUUCACUGAAUGAUUCUGCAAUUAAAACCGUGUCUCUUAUCAAGACUUUCCGUGGAAUUUCACCAAGAGAUUAUGAUUACAUCCCACCUCAUGCUAUAGAAGGGGAGACAAAGACAAUCCAUGUCAAGGAAAACAAAAGUUCUUUGAAGAAGUAUAAUGACUCCACUUUAACAGAAGUGAACAACACCACGUUGGAAUACCUGACUAGUUCUCUGAGCACCAAGCUAAUACCCACUGUCUACCUCAGUGCUGUUUUACUGGGUGUACCAUCUAAUGCCAUCAUUCUGUGGAUGCUGCUCUUCAGAAUCCGGUCUGUGUGCACUGCCAUCCUCUACACAAACUUGGCUGUUUCAGAUUUGCUCUUCUGCAUCAUGCUGCCAUUCAAAAUAGCAUACCAUAUCAACAAGAACAACUGGAUUUUUGGAGAAAUUAUGUGUCGAACUACAACCGUGGUAUUUUAUGGCAACAUGUACUGCUCCAUUCUGCUGCUCACAUGCAUUAGUGUCAGUCGCUAUGUGGCCAUCGUUCACCCUUUCACCUACAAGAGCCUGCCAAAACGCACCUAUGCCAUUGCUGUCUGUGCCACUGUGUGGACCAUCGUCUUUUUGUACAUGCUCCCACUCUGCAUAAUGCAGCAAACCUAUUAUGUGAAACAACUGGGCAUUUACACCUGCCAUGAUGUGCACAGUGCCUGUGAAACUAUAUCUUCCUUCCAGUUCUACUACUAUGUUUCUUUAGCUAUCUUUGGAUUCUUAAUGCCUCUUGCAAUCAUCAUUUUCUGCUAUAUUUCGAUUAUACGAACGCUCAAGACUCACGAGUGGUUCUGGUAUGUGAAAGUCAGUCUUUUGAUCCUUACCAUCUUUGCUAUUUGCUUUGUACCAAGCAAUAUUAUUCUUAUUAUUCAUCAUAUCAACUAUUACUACUACAAUACAGACAAUUUGUAUUCUUUUUAUCUAAUAGCUUUAUGCCUUAGCAGCUUAAACAGCUGUCUUGAUCCUUUCCUUUAUUUUCUAAUGUCAAAAAUACGAAGUCAGUCCAAUAUAUACCUAACAAUGGUUAAAAUAACCAGGGAAAUGUGAAUUUUAUUCUAUAUUUAUACUAUUAGAACUAUGAUUUUGUAUAGUACUAACCCAGGUAGCAAUAAACCUCAGAUUUGACAAUUAAACCUAAAAAAAAAAAAAAAAAAUCUAAGGUUGUUAAAUCGUGAUCUCAGUGAAAUUUACUACUUCCAAACCCCACAUAAGAGGCAUCCUCAAAUAUACUUCUCUAUAGUUUUGUUGUGUGUGCUACAAUGUCAGGUGAAUCUACCUAGAUUCAGGGAAGCAGCUGAGAAUUUCCUUCUGAGAAGAUCAAAUUCAUGGUCACAGAGAAGACCCUAUAAUAUCAGUUACCACAGAACAAGAGAGGAAUCCAUCCAGCACUUUUAAGGCCCAUUCCUGACUUGGAAACACUUUAUAUGUUCUUUGUGCCCACAGUCACUGCAGGACUAAUGUGAAUGUGAGCAUUUGAUACAGUGGGAACAGGAACAAGUAAAAGCACUAGCUGUUCAUGAGCUACAGAGCAUUGGAGAAGCAUUACGGCACACAGCUAAGAGCAGAUUCUGCCCUAGAUAUUAGAAAUAAAGAGUUGCAGUCCCAUUAGGUUGGAAGUGCAGCAAAAUCCACAGCCUUAAAAGCAGAACUUGACAUGCUUCCAAGGAAGCAUCUCCUCUGAGGCUGCUUAACCAGCUUUGCUCUGGAGACUUGUUCUUCCACUGUGUCAGCACCCGUGCUCCUACAACCCACAAGGACUGCUGAAGGCUAACCCUUAUCACUGUGAAUCCAGGCAUGCUUUAUUCUUGCUUGGUAAGCGAAAAAGGAAAACUAUUUUGUAGUAUCCUCUAUAUUUCCACAUCCUCACAGGAAACAAUUAGUGUUACAAGAACUGAAGCAAGCUGUGAUUAAUUGUCCAUGCUAGUAAAGCAAAUGGUUAUCUUUACAUUUAUAGAAGCUCAAGACCUACAAAUGCAAAGUAUAAGAUCCUACAAAAUAAGCUCGGUUGUUGGUGGACACCUGUAACUAACUGUGUAAGACAAAUAAAAACUACUUGAUGAGAGUGUUGUGAGAAACUUAAAAAAUAAAGUAAUUUGCAGUGGAAAAUGGGAAGUCCUUCCAAGAGAUCUGGUGAGGCUCUACCUGUUCAAUUUCUGCUGAUUCCUAAUUUAUUUUAAAUCGUGUCAUUCCUUCAACAAGCACAUCAUUUAACUAUGACUUUUAAGUAAUCCAGAUAUUAACCACUGACCGCAAACAACAAAAAUGCUAGCUUAAUUGUAAAGUCCAUGUGUCUGUCACACAAAAUUACACAACACAUGAAGCAUAUCAAAGUAUGGCACAUCUGUUUAACAUUUCAGGUAUCCAGAAGACACUUCCUAAACACAGGGUUUCUCUUCAAUGAGACUUGAACACGCUUGAUUUGAAAUGGUUGUGAGAACAAUUAGAAGCAACUGUAUAAAGUUACAGGAAUAAACGAAUUCCAUAUUUGUAUUUUCAAGCGAUGAGCAAGUAGGUGUCAUCUAGCUGUUAUAGGAACUAGAUUCUACAUAGCUGAGGCCACUUCAGCCAGAGGGACGUGACAACGGCACAGUCAGAACAAGCCAGCAGUUUCAAUCCAUCUGUUGUCCAGAUACUGAGGAAUACAGGAAGUUCAGAGUCAAUCCUAUCUAACUGUUGUAAAUCAAGUACUCCCUUAUGCCACAACUCACUCUUACAACAUGUUAAAUACAGCUAAAGACCAAUCUGCAUUACAAACAGGGAUCAAAAAAGUAAAAGGUUGAUGAAGACUAGUGAUCAUUGCACAGUCUUUUCAAUUCUGUUUUUAGGAGAAUUUCAAUCUAAAUCAUAUAUU